AUGGACAUGUCUUAUUGCUCUCCACUGCAGCUUCAGGAGGAUGCCAGCUCCUUCUUCUUUGAGUGUGAUGCCCUGCUGGAUAAGUCUUGUGAUCCUCUGGCCUUCGAUCCAUCUUCGGACCCUGGCUAUUUCAGCGCCUGCAGCAGCUUGUCUCCUACCUCCUCUGUGGACUCCUUAUGCUUCUCUCCAAACUUGCUCCAUGUCAAAGCAGAGCAAGAGCCACUGGACUGUUUCCUCUUCAGCAGUGUACCCCAACAGACAGCCACUACCACCAAAAUCCUGGCCAAGCCUGCGUCCAACGCCUCCACCACUAAGAAGUCCAGGUCAAGGUUUCCAGGGAAGAAGAGGCAAACAGCCAGUGAGAGGGAGAAGCUGAGGAUGAGGGAUCUGACCAAAUCACUGCACCACCUCAGGUCUUACCUCCCCGUAUCUGUGGUUCCAGAAGGGAAGACUCUGACCAAGAUCGAGACUCUGCGCCUCACCAUCCGCUACAUCUCCCACCUGUCUGCUCAGCUGGGCCUUACUGAGGAGGUCCUGGAGCAGAGGUCUUCAGGUCCUGUGGAGCAGACCUUGUUCACCUGCAGCUCACUGCCAGAAUCCUCAUGCAGCAGCACCCUGCAGCCAGCCAGAUCCAACGGCUUCACCACCCCUGUGAUGAUCCCCACUGGACUCUGUUACACCACCCAAGAGUACUGGGUGCCUCAGCAGGGCUUCAAUGGACAAUGCUAA